AUGCUGCGUCGCGCUCUUCUGACCUUUGCCGGAUGCGUCCUCGGUCAGAGUCCGACCGGGGACCGGUUCGGGCCGCUCGGGGGCACUCCACCCAUCGAUGCACUGUGCCGGCCAUUCUGUAAAGGCAAGUCCCACGGCUGGGAGAAGCUGUGCUCCUGGGCAGGCUGCGCAGGCUGCAGCGAGUGCGCCCAAGGCUCUGGCUCCGGGGAAGAAGGCUCAGGGGAAGAAGGCUCUGGCUCCUGGGAAUGCCAGGGCUUCUGUGCAGCAAAGACGCAAUACUGGGACGCCCUGUGCAGCUGGACCGGCUGUGGCGGCUGCACCGAGUGCAUGCUUCCUCUUCUUGAGUACAACCCUACCAUGCCUCCUCUUGUGACCGGUCCUCCCGCGCCGGUGUGCAAGGCAUUCUGCGAGACCAAGUCGCAGGCCUGGGAUGAGAAGUGCACCUGGGGGGGCUGCAACGGCUGCUCCGAGUGCGGCGCCGAGUCCGAGUGCAAGCCGUUCUGCGAGACCAAGACGCAACCAUGGUCGGAAAAGUGCUCAUGGAACGGCUGCUCGGCCUGCUGCAAUUCGGGCUCUGGUGAUGACCUUGGUGACGGCGGAUACGGCUCGGGCGAAGAUAGCUCCGGCGAGGAAGGCUCUGGCUCCGGGGAAGAAGGCUCCGGCGGCGAGGCGUGUCCCGUGCCAGCGCCGACCCAAGAUAGUAUGUCCUGCCGGGACGAGCCAGCCUCGUAUGACGGCUUUGUGAGCGGCACCUCUCCCGACCAUAUCCUUGAGACGUGCAAACAGAAGUGCCGCGACGAUCCCGCUUGCAACUACCUCUCCUUCUGGCAGCCGCUGCCGCGGAGCCUUGGCCGCAAUGCGUGGUGCCGCCUCACAGCCUCGUGCGACAAUUUCUGGCCAGGUCGCAACCCCAGGUCGUACGACAUCUACGUGAUCCCCAAGGCUUGCCUUUCCCGAGAGUAG